AUGUCUACAAUGUUCGAAUUUACGGAAGACACCAUUUCUUUAACCGUGGCCCUGGACUUGGAAGAGGACAAAAUUGGAGAAACUCAGCUUGGCAGCCGAGUCAUAGUCAACAAAACCCCGCAGAGCCAAUAUUCCCCGCGCGAACUAGUCACGGAAAAGGAAUCGUUCCGAGGCCACUUCUUCUUCAACAUCAGAUGUCCCAGGCAGCCUCUCAUUGGUAAAUUUACCAGACUGAACACGAGCAACGAUGCAAAAGAAGUCUUAUCGGCCUGUCGGGUUACCCUCGACGCCAGCUUCGCCAGCCGCCUCACAAGCCGCAAGUUCAAGCGAGCGCUGAUCACUGUAUCAUUCUACGACAACGCAGUCGUCAAUCUCGACCCGGAUGAUGACGAAAACGAAGUUGCCAUUGAUGAAGCUGCACAAUUUACCCCAAGGAUACUCGCUUUCGAGCCCAGGCAGUGGCGUGGCCCUGAGGAUAUACGCGAGGGCCAGAACACGUCCAAUGCACAGGUCAAUCUCGUUGAUCCUACCACCGGGCUUGGCUUCUCUGGUCAAUGGGAAAGAACGAGACCUGUUAUUGUCCCAGGACAGGCAGAAAUCAACGGCUCAAUUAGAGGUAUGACCUCGUCUGUGGUAGAGUGGACUUUGGCGCAGAAUGCUUUGCGCAACACUGGGAUCAUUCCUCAAUUUUCACUUCCCAUUGUUGUGCAGUAUACGCCUGGGCGACCAUUCGCGGCUCGAGUAACAAUCAAGGCUGAGGUGGAAUGGGGGUUCGAAGCGAUCGCUGCGGGCAAGCUGGAUGAUCCAAUCAAAUUUGAUCCGGAUAGACUUGGCAAGUCUGGUGAUGAUACGGAGCUGAAUGUGGAUAUGAGUAGGCUCUGUAAUAUUGAAGGUUAUGGAGGAUACAAUGUAGUCAAGGGGAGUGGCCUUGAACAGGGGUAA